AUGCGCAUUGGCUGCAGCGUAUUGUGCGUGCUAACAUUGUUGCCCUGGGUAUGCACUCAGUUUCCGGCCGUAGAACAUGAUUUAAAAGCGUCGUACGACGCAGUGGUACACGAUUCGGAAGCGGUGUACAGCGCCGGGAAUGUGCACACGACUGAGGCGGAGCGGCCAGGCCCUAAUACCUCGACCCCUCGCACACAGUGGCCCGGGAAUAAAGUUGUUGUAGCGAAUGUGGAUACAUCGUACCUGACUCGCCCAGCGGAAUUCGGCACCGACGUAACUGACGAGUCUGGCCUGUGGGGCACUCUUGUUCCCGUACAGGACAUUGUGCACGAGCAAGAGGACGAGAACUAUGGAUGUCCUUCCGAUGACGACUUGGACUCGGUGCGAGCUGCGCCGCCCGAAAACUGGAUUGCGCUGGUUGAGCGCGGCGAAUGCACUUUCGCCGCAAAGGUGCGCAAAGCACAGCAGCAUGGCGCGAUUGGCGUCGUGGUCGGUGAUACUCUUGGUAGCGUUGAAGAGGACUCUCGCAUACAAAUGCUUAUGAAUUUUGAUCCGAGUACGUGGGACGACGACUGGAUGGGAACGGAGACACGACCUAUUACCAUGUUUCCGGACGGGGAUGCGAGCGAUAUUACGAUUCCGUCGUGUUUUGUAAUCCGCAGCAGCUACCUGGAGCUGCUGGAGCUUGUCAAAGAGGCAAAAGACAAAGGGGAAGACUUAGAGGUGGGCCUCUUUUUGGAUAGCAGCCUACCGGAUCUUACCGUGUGGGAUCUUGGGAUGCUACUCUUGUUUUUGCCAUCGGUGGUCACCGUAUUUCUCGUGAUACAGAACCAGGUGCGAUUGUGGAUCAAACAGUAUCGCGAACGUGCGCCUGUUGCUGCAGUGAAGCGUCUACCGUGCUAUGUUUGGCACACUGGGGACGCCUGGGAACGUAUUACUAGCCCCACAGAAGAUGCUACCAAAAUGCAGCUGGGUGUGGGCCUCGGACGUCUGCAAAUUGCGCGUGUGCUAGAUACCAUGUGGCGCAAGGUUGUCGCGUUAUACCCCUUUCGUACACCUGAGAAUGCUAUCGAUGAUUCGACAGAACAGUCUUUGUGUUUGCGUUCGGACGCCGUGGACUGUGGCGCAAGUACAGGCGAUCAUUCGCCGAUCUCUUUUAUGCGGGAUCCUACCAGACUUUAUGCAUUGGACGAAUGCCCGAUCUGCCUCUCAGAGUUUGUAGAUGGCGAUGUAAUUCGUGUAUUGCCCUGUGGCCACACGUUUCAUCAAGAGGAGGUCGGAAAGCAAGAUUUGAAACUCAAAAAUCCCGAACUUCUUCGUAGCAAGUCGUACGUCAACGGCGAGUGGGUCGAUGCUGCAUCUGGCAAGACGCUCACCGUGUUGAACAAGGCUACGCUUCAAGAGAUUGGUCAAGUCCCGAACCAGGAUGCGGAGGACACGAAGCGAGCGAUCGAUGCUGCGUCCGAUGCAUUCCCUGCAUGGUCAAAGACAACUGCCAAGCAGCGCCAUGAUCUGCUCUAUGCCCUCUUCCACGAACUCCAAGCCAAUUUGGAGGAUCUUGCGCGCAUUAUUGUUGCUGAGAACGGUAAGACGUUUGGGGACGCACAAGGCGAAUUAACGUAUGGCAACUCGUUCAUCGAAUGGUUUGCUGAAGAGGCCGUGCGCGCCUAUGGGUAUACUGUUUCCUCUCCGAUCCCUAAUGUGCGCAAUAUUAUCACCAGGGAGCCCAUCGGUGUUGCGGGUCUGAUCACGCCUUGGAACUUCCCCAGCGGCAUGGUUACGCGCAAGCUCGGCGCUGCGCUUGCUGCUGGUUGCACCGCUGUGGUCAAGACAUCGCACGAGGCUCCGCUGAGUGCAUUGGCACUUGCUUACAUUGUGGAGAAAGUUGGCUUCCCCAAGGGUGUGGUAAAUGUUAUUGUAUCGGCGCGCGGCGAGAACGAGGAGGCGAUGGGUCGUGAGAUGUGCGAGAACCCCAAGGUGCAGAAGAUCUCGUUUACCGGAUCCACUCGCGUCGGCAAGAUCUUGAUGCGCCUGUGUGCAGGCACACUCAAGAAGCUCUCUAUGGAACUCGGCGGAAAUGCACCCUUUAUUGUCUUUGAGGAUGCCGACGUGGAUGCGGCUGUCGAAGGCGCCCUUGCCUGCAAGUUCCGCGGCUCCGGCCAGACGUGUAUCUCUGCCAACCGCAUAUAUGUGCACGAAGCAGUGCACGACCAAUUUGCCAAGAAAAUGGCCGAGAAAGUCAAGACAUUCAACGUCGGCAACGGUAUGGACAAGGACGUCAAUGUCGGACCGAUGGUUCACGAGGGGGGCAGAGACAAGGUUAACGAACAAGUGAAGCAGAUGGUCGAAGCUGGCUCUGAAGUACUGGUUGGCGGACGUGUGGGCGAGGGUCUCUUUUUCGAGCCUACCGUCGUUACUGCUGCUUCAGGCAAGCAUAUGCCCACCGACGACGAGGAGACGUUCGGUCCUCUGGCUGUAGUCUACCGCUUUAAGUCUGAGGAAGAGGUGCUGAAGUUGGCUAACGGUGUGGAUGUCGGCCUUGCUGGCUACUUUUACAGCAGGGACAACGCGCGCUGCUUCCGCGUGGCCGAAGCCUUGCAAGUCGGCAUGGUCGGUAUUAACACUGGCUCCAUUUCGCAGACUUCGAUUCCGUUCGGCGGUGUGCACGAGAGUGGGUUUGGCCGCGAGGGUGGACCCACCGGUAUUCUCGAAUACCUCACCGAGAAGGCGAUGGUCUUUGGUCGUAUUUAA